GCACAAGUGCCGGCAGCUGCGAAAGUGUAGAUGGCCCACAAGCAGCUGUUUAGUUUGUUGACGUUUAACGUGCUGCAGUUGUUCCUUUUAAUUUCAUCAAAAUGCCACAAAUUACCGAAAAUGGGCAGGAUUUUGAUGUGGUCAAAUAUUUCCUGCAGCUUUUGGAAGAGGAUAAGGACCUGUCUUCCGGCAUUGCUGCCAUUAGGACUCUACUUAUGAUUCUGGAAAAGAAACAGUUUGGGACUAUUCAUAUUCUGCACACAACCAUGAGAGAAGCGGUGGCCGCCAUGCGCAACACGGAUUUGUCCAUCGCUGCGAUUGUUUCCGCCGGAGAGCUCUUUUGUCGCUUCAUCACGCUCAGUCUGGACGACAAGCAUAUGGAGGAGUGCCGCCAGAUUAUGCUGAACCGCGGAAAGAUCUUCCUUACCAAAUUGCUCAAUUCUCGGCAGGUAAUUGCUCAACAAGCCCAGCGGUUUAUCACCGAUGGCUGCCGAAUUUUAACACACUCCCGAUCACGAGUGGUCCUUAAAGCCUUGAUUACGGCCUCGCAGAACAAAAAGUCCUUUCACGUUUAUGUGACGCAAGGAGGCACAGGAAACUCUGGCGAAGAGAUGGUGAAGGAUCUCCAUGCCGCUGGAAUUGACUGCACCCUCAUUCUGGACUCUGCCACUGGCUAUGUGAUGGAAUCGGUGGACUUUGUAAUGGUGGGCGCAGAAGCUGUGGUGGAAAGUGGCGGCAUAAUCAACAGGAUCGGCACCUACACCAUGGGAUUGUGCGCUCGUGAAAUGAAAAAGCCAUUCUACGUCCUCGCAGAAAGCUUUAAAUUUAGCCGUUUGUAUCCCCUUAAUCAACGCGAUCUGCCCAAUGAGUACAAGUACUCCCGCAAGCAUUUAAAUGAUGUUAGUAAAGUGGAUCCACUGGUCGAUUAUACGCCUCCUGUCUAUAUAACUCUGCUCUUCACCGAUCUGGGAAGAUUAACUCCCUCGGCCGUCAGCGAUGAGUUAAUCAAACUUUACAUGUAAAUGAACAAUAAAGGACUUGCACUUAA